AUGUCUACAGAUCAGAAGCUGGAGAAGUUUUUGAAAGAUGUGGAUGAAAUAUCUGAAAUUCUUCAAGGCUUAAACUCUGAAGAUUCAUCUGCUCAAGAAAAUGCCAUCUCAAGAGCAGAUCAAAAGCUAGAUAUGUUCAAGAAGACUGACAAUGAAGAUGGAAUUAGGACCAAAACUAAUAGGACACUUAUUAAUAAGCCAAGUAGCUCAUUUACUGAGCCUAAAUCUGAAAUGAGCCAAGCCCUAAAAGAUCUGGGAAAUGAAGCAUAUGCAAAAGGCAAUUAUGAAAAUGCAAUUCAACGGUACAGUGAAGGUCUGGAAAAGCUGAGGGACAUGCAGGUCUUAUAUACUAACAGAGCACAGGCUCAUAUAAAACUACAACAGUACCAGAAUGCUAUAACAGACUGUGAGUGGGCAUUGAAGUGUGAUGGAAAGUGCCUGAAGGCCUACGUCCACAUGGCUAAAGCCUUUCUUGGACUUAAAAAGUUUGAGGAGGCAAGAACAUGGUAUCAGAAGAUCAUGGAUAUUGACUCUAGCAAAAUGAAACUUGUCAAAGGGUACUUGAAUGAGGUGGACUUCCAGGAGAGGAAAGACAAGGAAGAGCAGAAUGCCUUACAGGAACUAGAGGCUGGGGCUGAAAAUGCAAAAUCUGUAAUACAACUACUCCAAAGACUCUCUAAAGAAGAUCAAAUUCCACUCUAUUACUCUGGAGGAAUACAGCUUCUGGCUGAUGUUGUGAAGGGCUGUACAGCACAAACUCUAUUCAGAACUAGUAAUGGAUUCAGUAUCAUUGGGGAAAACACAGUUAUCAAUAGGAGCCUUACCACCAGACAAGCAGACCCCAUAGAUUCAGAUCUUUGUAUUUCAGUUCUCACAUUAUGGCAAGCAGUCUGCAAUGGAAAUGAAGAGAACCAGAACUUGUUUAUCACCCAAAGUAAUAUACGCAAGCAGAUCUUUACAUUGCUGUCGUCAGAGAUCCCUGAUAUUCAGAGAAUGACACUAGCCCUUUUAAAGAUGUAUUCCUCAACAGCUGAUGGAAGACUCCUACUGGUCAAACACUUAGACCCUUCUAAGCUGUUGAAACGUCUUCUAGAAUAUGUGACACUAAUGGAUGGGAGAGCAGGUGAAGCCAUGGACAUACUGUGUAGCCUGACACAGGAGCAGAGGUUGAAUCCUUAUUUCAGGACUGUUUCAUCAGAAUUGCUUUCCUCAUUUACUUCACUUCUGAGGAAAUUGAGCACUGUGAAUACAGAAGUGUUUCCAUGCUGCAUUGGCAUCAUAGGAAGGAUAACUGAAGACGGUGUUAUAAGGAGUCAUUUUGCUAGUUCACUGACAUGCUGGGACCCCUGUUUGAUGGCAGUGGAUGAGUGCUGCUCUUCAGCUGAUGGAGGACAAUACAAUAGCAUUUUAAUUGCAAUUCUUGGUCUCAUGUUUAACUUGUCCUUGGAAGUGACCUCUGCAAUAAAGGAGCGGGGCAUUGCUAUAAGCACACAAUGUUUAUCUCUACUUUGCUGUCAAGAUGGAAUUGUUCUCACUAGAUUAGUGGGCAUUCUAAGUAGGGUUCUUCCACAAUGCACUGCAGCAGUCGGACUUUCAGUACAACAAGGAAUUGUAAAAAAACUCAUCAAGAUGUUGAAGGCAGGUGGACAGAAGACAUCUAUGUAUGCGGUCAAAGUGCUUGCUGUGUGCACCAAAGAGGACAUCCAGGCAUGUAAAGAUGUCAUCAAGUAUGAUAAAAGAUUCAGCACUUUGGUAAACCUGCUGCGAUCUGAAGAUGAGAUCAUUGUUGCAAAUACAGCCCUUUCCUUGGGUUGUUGCUUUGCUGUACCAGGAUCAGCUUCUUCCCUCCUCCAGUCUGAUAUCCUGAAGCUCCUACUGACCCAUGCUGGUGGAGAUGCCAAGAAGUCCUCCGUGCAGCAGAAUGCAGCCAUAGCACUGGCGAAACUGUGCUCUGCAGAGCCAAGGUACCUGGUACAACUUCGGGAACUUCAUGGAAUUGAAAUUCUCAACUCUUGUAUGAAGUACAUCAAAUGACUGAACUCACGAACCAGAUGCUGAGCUGGUAUUAUUGGAUAUACAGACUUUUUUACAGUAACUGUAAA